AAGUAAAUAAAUAAAUGUCGACGAAAUUAAGAGACUUGAUACGUAACAUUAGAACAUGUAAAACAGCUGCAGAAGAGAGAGCAUUAAUAAAAAAAGAAUAAGCAUUAAUAAGAGAAUCCUUUUCUGCAAAUGAAUCAGAAUAUAGACCUAGAAAUGUAGCUAAAUUGCUUUUCAUUUCAAUGUUAGGAUAUGAGACUGAUUUUGCCUAGAUGGAAUGUUUACAUUUAAUAACAGCUAAUACAUAUAAUGAAAAGAGAAUAGGUUAUUUGGCAUUAACUUAAUUAUUUAAUGAGAAAAGUGAAGUAUUGAUGAUGGCUACUAAUCGUAUUAGAAUAGAUUUAAAUAACCCAUCUAAUUAUAUAGUAUCAUUAGCAUUAAUGGCAUUAAGUGAAGUAUGCACAAGUGAAAUGUGUAGAGCAUUAUCAGGAGAGGUAUUAAAAUUAUUAUAGAAUGGAACUGCAUAUAUUAAAAAAAAAGCAGCUUUAGCAAGUACUAGAAUUGUAACACGUGUUCCUGAAAAAAUUGAUGAGUUUUCAUAAAAAGUUGAAUUAUUAUUAGAUGAUAGACAUCAUGGUGUGUUAGUAGCCUCUUUACAAUUAGCUUAACAUAUAUUAAUUAUCUAACCUGAUUAAAAAUAAAGAUUCUAAAAAUUUGUAUAACCUAUGGUUAGAAUAUUCAAAUCUAUUUAUUCAACAUAUUCAGCUGAAUAUGAUGUAGGAGGAGUAUCAGAUCCAUUUUUAUAAAUUGAAAUACUUAAAUAUUUUAGAAUUAUGUGUUAAGGAAAUGUAUAACUAUCUGGAGAAGUUUCAGAUAUUCUUACUUAAGUUGCAGCCAAUACGAAUAAUACUAAAAAUUCAGGUAAUGCUGUUUUAUAUGAAUGUGUUAAAACCAUUUUUGGAAUUGAAUCCUCCAGUACACUUAAAACUUUAGGAAUUAAUAUAUUAGGUAAGUUUUUAUAAAAUAAAGAUGCUAAUAGUAAAUAUAUUUCUCUUUAUAUGUUAUAAAAAGUUUUGAAACAUGAUCUUUAAGCUGUUUAAAAGCAUAAAUAAACUAUUUUGGAAUGUUUAAAAGAAAAUGAUAAUUCAAUCAAAACUUUAGCAUUAGAUCUCCUUUAUGUUAUUACAAAUGAAAGUAAUGUAAAAGGGAUUGUUAAAGAGUUAUUAAAUGUUUUGCUUACAUUAUCUGAAGAAGAUGCUGAUUUUACUAAAGAAUUGACUAAUAAAAUUUGUUAAAUUGUUGAAAAAUAUGCACCUUCUAGAAGAUGGUAUAUUGAUACUUUCAUUAAAAUUUUGAUUUUGGCUGGUAAUUAUGUAGAGGAAGAUUCAAGUUCUUCAUUGAUUCAUUUAAUUAUAGGUACUCCUGAAUUAUAAAGUUAUGCUAUUCAUAAAUUAUUUUUCUCUUUGUAAGAAAAUUUAAAUCAAGAAGGAUUAGCAAGAACUACAGCUUAUUGUUUAGGUGAUUUUGGUCAUCUUUUAUUGAAAGGAGAUGCAACAGCUAGUGACAAUACUCCAAUAUAAAUAACAGAGGAAGAAAUUCUUGAUUUACUUUAAAAAUUGAUUGAAAAACCAAAUUAAAAAAAUGUCAUUAAAGAAUAUGUUUUGUCAGCUUUAAUAAAACUAUAUCCUAAAAUCACAAAUUUUUAAUAAUUAAUUGCAAAAUUAAUAUAAUCUUAGAUUAAUUCUACUUCAAUAGAGGUUUCAAAAAGAGCUUCUGAGUAUUAUGGUUUAUUAGAUUUAUAAUGGGAUUAACAUAGAGCUGGUAUUUGUGAAUAAAUUCCACCUAGUGAUACUCAUAAAGCCAUCUAUGAAAAUAAACCUAUAGGUGAUGUAGAAUAUGAUGAAUAUCCACCUUCUAAAACAGAAUUAGAAUAAGCAAAACCUGUUGGCAAUAAUGAAUCAAAAAAUAUAUAUGGUUUUGAUAUAGAUAAUCUUAUAGGAAAUUAAGAUUCAAAUUAAUCUAAGUAAUAAACAUAAGUUACAAAUUAAUUACCUGGUAAUUUAUUUGAUCCAUUUGAUAUAACAUUAAAUUUAUCAGGAACAUAAUAAUAAUAAUAAUAAUAAUCUACAUUACCAAAUCUUAGUUCAUUAACAGGAAUAGGUGAAUUUUCAAUAAAGUAAGAAACAUAAUAAUAAUAAUAAUAAUAAUAAUAAUAAUAAUAAUAAUAAUAAUAAUAAUAAUAGCCUGUUAAUCUUUUAUAGAAUUUAUAUAAUUAAAAUAUAAAUUUAUAUUAAUAAUAAUAAUAAUAUCCAUUCUAAUAACAAUAAUAAUAACCUUUAGUUAAUUUGCCUGGUGAUAUUUUUAAUUUAAAUCUACAACCAUAACAAUAAAAAACAAUACCAUAAACUCUUCCUAAUGUUAUUUAAUAAUAAUAAUAAUAAUAAUAAUAAUAAUAAUUUUAAUAAUAAUAACCAAUAAUAUAAUAAUAAUAAAUUUAAGCAUAAUAAAAUGAAUAAAAAUCUUUAAGUUAAUAAGCCAUAGCUUUUGAUGAUGGCGCUUUAUAAAUAGAGUUUAGAGCAGUGAAAGUAAGAAUUGAUUUGAAAUAUUAUAGGAAACCUUUGAUUAAACAAAUAUUACAGCUUACUUUAACAAUAAAACAGCUAGUCCAAUAACAGAAUUACAAUUAUCUUUUGCAGUACUGAAGUAUAUGAAAUUAUAACUUACAUAACCAACAUCAUCAACAAUAAGUGGGAAUAGUAGUGGAUAGGUGAUAUCGGUAUUUAUGAAUUUAUAUUUAAGACAUUAAAAAUCACAAAUUCAAAUUAAGGAUAGAAGGGGAUUGUAAUGAAAAUAAAGGUUUCUUAUAAGAUAAAUGGUUUAAUAAUAGAUAAGGAAGUGACAUUUAAUAAAUUUCCUCCAGAAUAUUGA